AUGCCUGACCGAACAUAUAAAACCCAAAUCUUCUCAUUCGACAACGAUAAUGCAAGUCCCAUUGUAUUAACCACAAAAACCGGAAAUGGCCAGUAUUCACUUAAACGCCUUUUUUCAAUUAAUAAUGUCUCUGCUGUUAAUUCUUCGAAAAAUAUUUCAAUGUCUGCCAUUAAAUCGACAAAAACAAAUUUAUCGAAUGCCGGCCCGAUGGCUCGGCCAUUCGAUGAAUUUUCAACAGGUAUCAUGAUGAUACCUACUGCUCCUUUGGACGAACAAAACUUCGAUAAAACAACACAAUUAUACAAAGAUCAAUAA